GCCGCAUGCGCGUCACACUGCGGUGUUCUCUCUCGCAAGACAGUUGAGGAGCGCUGUGCUGCCUUUGAACUGAGUUCGCCUCCGUAGUGUGCCUCCCUACAACCUGCGCUGUUGACCGGCUGUGUUGCUUCGGGGCAUGAGUACACCAGGUUUCCCCUCGAAAGAUGCCUGGCUCGGUGUUUCUGAGAGCAAAAACAUAUGUUUCGUGCGUGAGACACAGAGUAAGCGUCGUGCCAAGGAAGAAUCGCUCUGUUGGCUGUAUUAAACAAAAAAUAGAAGGGAACCCUGCUGUCGUCGCCGCACGCGCGCUAGCGACGUCGCUCCAGUGUACGUCCCCCUCAGAGUGUCGUCCACCGUUUUUUGCCAAGACUUUCCGUGCGCGUUCGCGGAGUUAACCUCUAUUGUGUGGUAGAGCGUCCAGUUUCCACAAACGGUUUCGUCGGACACUUCGGUUGCCGGCAAGAGAAAGGCGAAGACACCUGCUAUGGGGGGAGGAAGACAGAUUCUUCUCAACAAAUCUCCGCCGUAGACAACGCGCCCGCGCGCCAGCACCUACGGCGACUCCGUCCCUCCUGGAUGGGUGUGGACGCGCGACCCGGAUUCCUCCCGCAGCGCGUUCUCUCGCUGGCUGUUCUUCGGUGACCUCGCGGAUUCUCGACGGAAUUCCCGGGGCUUUCUCGCCUGUCUAUUCCGAAGUUGACAGGUGUAUGCCGAUGUCUCCACACUGACAGUUUCACUGGAACGCAACCGCGUGUGUGGCGCAGAGUUUCGCUCGUUGUUAAUCGCCAACCUUUGUACCGCAGCGCGUUUGCUGCUCGUCUUGGCGGCAACACAUAGUUCACGGGGCUUCGGAGUGCUCUGUCCCGCCAGACUUUUCCAUUGUACCUGUAGAGAAAAAGCGCGGCGCAGAACGGCUUCUCGCGAUCCACGGAUUCAGGAAAACGUUUCUGCGCUUUGCAACCGCGUCUUCUAAAAAAUGGGGAAGUGCAAGUUCGGCGGCGAGUUCGACAACCCGGCACUGAGCUGCUGGGCGACGAGCUUGACUGGGCAAGCUGUCGUGGCUCUUGUUCUUUUUCUCUUGGCAGGAAAUCCACACUUGCCGAAGGAUCCGGUGGACGAUGCGGCCAUACCGCGAGUGGCCAGUUCGACUUUUGUCGGUCUCGGCACUGCGCACCUCGUUGUCUGCGCAAUUUGCGCUGCUUUGUGUCUGGUGGGCUUUUUGUUGGUGGGUUUUUUUCAGCUGCCACUCUUGAUUUGCGGCAUCGCGUUCCAGAUUCUGUGUGUGGUGACUGCCGGCAUUCUCGGUCAGAUGUUGACUAAUUUGGAUUCGUACAAGAGCACCGCUCUCGACGACGUCCGCGCGGGGAAGCCGUUUACACCCGCGGACUUUUCUCAGAUGUUCGUUGACGACAACGAGGGCAUGAUUCUCUUCGUCUGUGUGCUCUGCAUCUUGAUGCCCAUUUUUGUCAUGCAGUCUAAAUCUCUCAGGGCUUCCUCGCCUGCGUACGAAGCUACGCUGUACCCCGGCGUGAUCAUUGUUUCCCUGGCUAGCGCCGGGUACUUCCUGUUCUGCCGGGCGUCUGGCGUGCUGCAGGGGCUGUCCAGUGCGUGGUUGAUUGUUGGCGCAGUUAUUGGAAUUUCUGUCGUGAUCCAGAAAAACUGCUGCAGCCGGGCCCUGGCCAUCGUGCUUGCCGUGAUCUUCGCGCUGGGAGCUGUCUUCGCGCUCAUCGUAGGCAUUGUCGUCGGAAUCAGAUAUACGGAAGGAAAGAAGGUGCUGACCAUGCUGGAGAAGUUCAGCCCGAACCACCGAGGUGUCUCGACUCUCGAGGAAAGCGAUUUUAACAGCUUCAAGACCUACACGCUUGCGGGUGACGGUGUCUACCUGAUGAUCGUUAUCAGUGUGAACUUCUCCGCAAUCGUGUACUUCAUCUACUCAGCGCUCGUCGCCUUCCGGAGCAUCUGCGGACCUAACAGAAACGCCGCAGUCAAAGACGAAGAGUCUGUCGAGCAGGCCGAAGAAGCAUAGAAGUGUUUGUGAACAAGAUGCGACCGCCCCCGUGCAUCGCAAAGUUUCAAGUCUUUUUGUAAUUAUUUUUGUCACGGAUAUGUUUCUGUUCAAAAACAAUGCAAUCAACACCCCAGUCAGAGUGAGAACCUCAAUGGAGAUGCCGUUGCGGCGACGAGAGUCAGCCUCCUGCAACGGGACCACGUGACUCUCUAAAACGGUCGCUUGUGUAGUUGCGUCGCUGAGACGACGCUCUUGCGAACAGUUCGACCUUUGGCAUUUGAUAAUCUCGGUACCAAAUAGCCACAAAGAAACAAGCCGAAUUGUGCUCGUAGUGCGCCCACCGGUUAGCACACGCCCUUGUAGCCUGGCGGUGAUAGAAAGAGCCUCUAGGGGUUAAUAUUUUCAGAAAAGGGACGGAUCUGGGAGAUGCGCAACAGUAUAUCACGGCUGGGGCCACAAGAAAGUUCUUAAUCACUAUCACGCUCUAAUUGGGUUUCACCACCACACCCCUGACGUCGUUAUUACAGAUCUUCCAUUGACAACAGCCUUUCAGAGACUCCACCCCUGUAUGAGAACAUUCAUCUUUGGACACUGAAAUUGUGUUGCCAAGCAAUUCCGAUGUUGAGCUCCCGCGGAAACAAUGUAUU